AUGCAUUCUUUUGUAUUAACUUUGCUGAUUUAUUUAACUAUACAAGGAAAUGUUGUUUCCGAAAGUCAAAUUAUUUCUGAAAACGAAAUUUCUGAGGACUGGGACGAUUUUGGGACGAAUUUAAUUCAUCCUUAUAAUAGUAGUGAAAGAAGUGGAAAAUUUUUCGGGGUUGGAUUAGUAAGAUUUGCAAAUAAUCCAUGCACCAGCGGCAGCAUGGUAAUAGGAACUUGCCUUAGAAGAAGGCAAUGUAUGGAUCUAGCUGGUACACCUUCAGGUACUUGCGCUAAUAAUAUAGGCGUUUGUUGUGUUACCCAACCUGAUGCAACAGGAAAUUGUGCUACUGAUGCAUUUUUUGUUACGGGUGGAGCUGGACUUGUUCCUGUUAUAUGUGGUGAUAAUACUGGUCAGCACAUUUAUGUAGAUUUUAAUGGAAAUAAUAGUAUCGUACUAACUGUAACCACAGCAGCUAGUAACGUGGGUCGUACUUGGAACUUCUUGGUAACACAAAUUGCUUGCGGAUGUCCAACAAGAGGAUUUUGCUCAAUUCAGUGGGCAGCCAACGGCUUUAUCGUUUCAGGUGUUCCAGGACAAGGUUUUGAUGCCUUAACGAACGGCAAUUGUCUGACAGAUUUUAUAAUUAUUCCAAACCCCAGUUACCCAAAUGGAACGUUAACCAAUACAGAUCGAUUUUGUGGAACCUCUUUUGAUACAGUUCAAUCAUCAUUAAAGCCGUUUGUUUUGUAUGUAGUAACGAAUGCAGUUGAAGCCACUGAUGGUGAUGUUGCCAAUACUGGAUUUUCUCUUUCUUUUACACAACUGGCCUGCCCAAAUACCCUCUUUUAG